UUAUUAUAUAGAUGAAUGCAAAUAAGCAAAAAAGACACAAGACACCAAAAACAGUUUUAUUUCAGAAAAUCAAUGCUUGUUCUCAGGAUUGCGUUAGUACUUGCCUGGGCAAUUGCUGUGGCAUACUGCUGCACAGGGGAUCAAUGUCAAGAUCAAUAUCCACAGUUCCUGAUGCGCAGUCCAACUGAAGAGCCAGAGUACGAACCCAACUUUGAUUCCCCAAUCAAAACUUCAGUUGUUAAAAACUAUAUAAGGUUGAUUCGAAAACGAGGCCCAGCAAAACCUGUAGAACCAUCUGAUGGUUAUGUUCUACGAAACUGGUAUUAUGUAAACUAGUUUAUUAGUUGGCUUUUCUUCAAGAAUACAAACAACAGCUUUCUUGCAGUCAAAAGUGUUACUUGCUAAUUGUGCUUAAAAAAAUAAGCAAAAAAUGUAAUUUAUUUUGUCAUUCAAAUUUCUUGUCCUCUUCUUUCCUCUACCUGUCCUCAUCUACUUUUAUUCUGGUCCUUUCCCUUCCUCUGCCUGUCCUUGUCUACUUUUCAUCCGUCCUUUCCCUUCCUCUACUUGUCCUUAUCUACUUUUAUUCUUGUCCUUUCCCCUCCUCUACCUGUCCUUAUCUACUUUUAUUCUUGUCCUUUCCCCUCCUCCACCUGUCCUUAUCCUAUUUAUGUCAUUGUCCUUUCCCUUCCUCUUCCUGUCCUUAUCUACUUUUAUUCUUGUCCUUUCCCCUCCUCUACCUGUCCUUAUCCUAUUUAUGUCAUUGUCCUUUCCCUCUACAUAAACCAUGUCCUAUAACUGUUAGAUUGCUUACUUUUAAAUAUUAACCCUGAGUAAAAAAUAAUGAUGUAAAAUCUGAAUAAUCCAAAUUUUUUUAAUAGCAAAUUUCUUUUCAAUAGUUAUUCUAGCAUUCUUUCGAGUUCUCAACUUGAUUUAAAAAAAAAAUAAAAUUUUAAGUUUUAUUGAAAA